AUGCGGGCUUCCCUGCUACUAGUGGCAGCCUCGAGCUGUCUGGCGGGUGCGAGUCUCGUCAAGCUGGCUGGCGACGUCGAGCCAUUCAACGCACACUUCCCGCGGGAGACGGGAUCCUCAAAAGUUGACGAGAAGAAGGGAUGGACGCCGAAGCCGACGCCGGCUCCGGGUGCCUGGUCCCGCGCAGAGGAAGUACUGAAGUGCUUGGUGAGGAGAGACGACGGCGACGACAAGAAGACAGCUACGACGGACUGGGAAAACGAUGAGACCUGUGGCUGGUAUUCCGGAACCUCAUUGAACGUGAGUGCUUACCAGAGAACCAACAGCACGGGCAUGGACCUGCGCGUCGAGCUCGACGUGUGCGACAAACAAGCAGAACGUCGUGGCUUGCGUGUCGGGAACCUUCAGCCCUUUCUUCACCGUCUGCCUCGACUACAACGCCUACAAGAAGGGAGCGUCCAACAAUCCACCGCCGGCGCAUGCGGGACAUUCCUCUGGAGCGGGACGCCCGCCCGCUCCAUGUACCGGUGCUUCAACAAGCCCGUCAUAAUCAACAUGAACGACCAGCCGCAGUUCGUCCUCGACGCCCUGUCGCGCUCCAACGGCGCGCCCGACACCACCUCCUCCACCGGCACCACGAGCACCCAGCCCACCGAGACGGGCGACCUCGGCAACACCAAGGACGGAGGCGGCGACGACAACAACAACAAGGGCGGCGGAAGCAACACGGGCGCCAUCGUCGGCGGCGUAGUCGGCGGCGUCGGCGGCCUGGCCAUCCUCGGCGCCAUCGCGGCCUUCGUCGUCCUGCGCAACAAGAAGAAGAAGAAGGAGGCCAACUACAGCGCCGUGAACCCGCAGGACCCCUCCGGCGCGGGCGGCUACAGCAACUACGGCGGCGGCGGCCCCGGCAGCGCCAUGACCUCGCCCGGCUUCGUGCCGGGCCAGCCCUCGCCGCAGAUGUCGACAACGUACCCGCCGCAGUCGCCCUACGGCGUCGUCGGCCCCGGCGCCGCCGCGCAGCACGACCCGCGGCAGAGCUACUACAACCCGGCCCAGCAGGGCGGCCACCUGUCGCCGGGCCUCCAGCAGCAGCAGCAGCAGCACAUGUACGGCGGCGCGUACGCGCCGUCGUCGCAGGGCGGGAGCCGGGACCCGAACAAGAUGGUCCACGGCGCCGGUGGCGGCAGCUACAUGACGCACCAGUCGUUCGCGCCGAGCGCCGAGCUGCCUGCCACGCCGGCGCAGGCGGUGCCCAACCCUCACAACCCCGUCGAGAUGGGCCAGGAGAACUACAGGUAA